AUGCCUGCCCGCAAGCCCCGUUGCAACUUCAACGAGUGCAAGAAUGCCGCACAGCGCAUAAUCGGCGACUGCACCUUUUGCAAUGGCCAUUUCUGUGAUAAGCACCGCAUGCUAGAGUCACACGCCUGCAGCGGGCUGGAAGACUGCCGGAAAGAAUCGCACGCCCGGAACGCAGACAAACUCAACAGCGAGCGAACGACCGUCAUCAAGGGCGUAUAA